GAUUACACACCGCUCUCAGUUCCCUCGCGAGCCUUGGACGCGCCGCGCGUACUGCCACAACUGUCAAAAUUCCCGCGUAAAACUUUUUAAAAAUAAACAAGUGACUGUGGAUUAUUGUAAACUGUGUGUGUGUUGGUUUUUAAUUGUCGGAUCUAACUGAGGAGAUAACGAUAUUUGCGGAGCGAUACAUGGCGGGGAGGAUAAUGAUGGGACACAGGCUUCUGGCAAGUCAUUGAGAAUUUACGGCACAAAGAACAAAAUGAAGUUAUAAUGGAGUCACCAGUAAGAAUAUCCUUAGGUGCAGCAUUAGUAGCAUACCUGCUACUAUUAAGCAGCACCCCAGCCGGCGGCAACGCGCUCCCGCUCGAAACGACCCCGGCCACCGUCCGCGACGAGCGGCCCCGGCCCGCACGGCUCAACGCCACCUGGCCGCGCUCCCGGCCCCGGGGCCUCGACCCCGUCCUCAACGAACUACCCAAGGGCUCAGUCUCCGAAGAACACACCGAGAAAAAUGCCAAAUACAAACACAGAGGAAGGACUCGUUACAACUCGCGCUCAACCACAGUAAGCCCUCUGAGAAGGGUCAGAACCACAACCGAAGAGACGAUUCCGGGAGUGAUCAUAGUGACUCCGACGGCGGAAGUAAAGAAGCCAGAGCAGAUCAUGGAUAGCAUGAGAAACUAUAAGAAAACGAAAAUGCCAGUAAGCACAAGUACCACUACGGAAGAAAGUAAAAGCGAGGAAGAUGAUGAUGAUGACGACUCAUUCGAGAAAUUUACUAGUAAAUUUGAUGACAGCAAUUUCUUUACUAUACCUGGUUUUGAUGAUGAUCAUGGAAUAGAUUCUAAAAAAAGUCCAAGUGAUAAGUACAGUGAUUAUACAAGUACAGUUCUGAGUUCCUUUUCUAGUUUCCUGCCUAAAGAUGAUGCCGAUUCACCCUACAAAUCGAACUUCUUCGAUUUUGAUACUGACUUGACCACGCCUAAAAACGACUUCUUUGAUAGAAAAUAUCAAGAAGUGUCCUCAAGUAUUAUUAAGAAUUUGGAUGCUAUCAAGGCAAGAUCGCCACGACCUAACGUAACAAAUGUACAUAUAACUGAAAAAUUAGGUUUAAGCCCAAAUUUGACUAAGCCAGGUAAUAGGUCUACUAUAAUUAUCAAGAAUACCAAAGAAACCCGCCUUAUAGACAAUGAUGGAGCUGGAACUAACAAUAAGGAACUUUCAGAUGUGCACGGCACAAGCGUUUAUUAUGAAAUGUCCGUACUCUCCACCGAAACAUACGCAAUAAAUAAUUCUAAUGAAGAUGAUUGUGACAAUGACACAUUACCUUCGGAACCUACAGUUCAGACCCCUGCUGAAGAUGAGUUGGCAUCAAUACAAGGAACUCCGUCAAAUCUUUUCUCUGUUUCCACAAAACCACUAUUUCCUGAUCCUGAAUUAAGAUCUACCGUAUCCAACUUUUUACAAUCUUCUAGUUCAUUGCCACCUUUCUUUAAUCCUUCAAGUUCAAUACCCUAUUCCACCAUAAAUUCUAUAUCAUCUACCGAGAAGACAACGAGGCCCUUCUCUAACAGCUUCCCCAGCAGAAAUAGAGGUUAUUCUAAAAGACUAAACGGCUUUACUGGGGCUAAGGAUUCUCCUAACAACGUCACACCGACAGCCGAUAAUAUACAGACUCAUAAUGUCAGGAACACGACAAGAAAAUUCCAUUACACGACGCCAAAAGCCAAACCAACGUGGAUGACUCCAAGGCGGAAUAUUACCAAAAGUUAUCCAAAACCUACUUAUCCUACAACAAUAUACGCGGAGCAUUUCAGUAUUAAAGAUAGAAAGACCACAAACGUCCGUCCAAAACAGUCUAAUAAAACCGUUCUAACCACUGUGUCAUCGGACAUAGAUCCAGUUUUGCAAAGCGACGUGAGCGGUGUAAAGAAGCUGGUGCAGUCUCAGACGAUUUCCGACAACAGUAUUCCAUCGUUGUCUAAGAGGGGGUCGACGAAGUUCGGGACCACAACAGCCACAUCCGCGGAGGAGGAGACGACGACCACCAGCGAGCUGGAAAUUCCGCCUACACUGACAGCGUGGGCACUUGCCAGCUUAAGAAGCCCUCCUGGACCGGCAAAUAUAACGAGCUCGACUCAAAAAAGCGUCGAAGAAAACGAGGUGCAAAAAAUUAAUGAAAUUGCAGACAAAAACGAAAUUACUACGAGUUCGACCACUACAACUCAAACUCCAGAAAUGAAAAACUUAGCUACCAAAAAUAUUACAGAUAUUGACCAAAACAAGUUGCCUUGGCGACCAGUGUUUCCUCACGCGUCACCUGACCCUGAUAUGAACACCGAGGUUGUUCCAACAGAGAACAAGUCUGAACGCCUACCAGCUGAGAGCAAUAUCUCCGUGCAGAAUAGUCCUCAGCCAAUCACGUCCACUGAAGGAGUAACAACCGAGACAGAAGUUACAGAGGAUAAUGACAAAACAAAAGAAACAGUAACUUCUUGGAUACCAGUCACUAAGAGUGAAGUAAAUUCAGGUGGAACUUUUGCUUCUAUAACUAAAUUACCUAAAGGAGUAACAACGCCACUCGACGAGACUUCUAAGCAAAAUAAUGAAAUUGUUACUGAGGCAAUUACUGAAGAAUCGGCCACCACUGACUAUGAAAUAACGACUAAAAGAUUUUCCUACGUUCCUACAGAAGCUGUGACUGACAAAGUAGAAUCUUCCACACCCAGUGAAUGGCAUCCAGUGGCUCCGACUAGAACAAGAGCAACUACAAUAGAGGAUAGGCCUAUUACAACAUACAGACCUAAAUAUUAUACCACGACGGAUAAUGCUGAAGAAUUCACUACGAAUAUUCCGGAAACAACACCAUUGAUUGAGGUAUCGUCGCUAUCAGUAACUAAUGUAACUAAAUUACAAUCGGAGUCACCUGCACCAACUACUCAAGUUGUGGAUACCACAUCGAAACAGCCAGCAACGCACGAUGCCAUUACAGAAAUAGAAUUGCCUACUGAAACCACAACUGAGAUUGUAGAUGCUACGUUUGCACAAACUGAAACUACCACAGAAGUAGUAACUGAUAAAUCAGUACAAACCGAGAGUUCUGAGGCUGAUGUUAGUACCGAUGUCUCCGAAACACCACCAAGCGCAAUGAAAGAAAAUAUUUCUGAGGAUAGCAGCGGUAGUAACGAAGUCAUAACUAUGGAGACGACAAAAAUGGUUCCAUCUUCAUCGACCACUACUAGUACUAGCACUACAACUACAACAACAACAACUACCACGACAACUACUACUACUACUCCUGCUCCAACUACAGAAGAGAGGAAAGAAACAACAACAGAAGAAGAAACAACAACAUCUCAAGUAUCAACUGUGCCUGUAGAGAAAAUUGCGGAAACAGAAGUUGACGUAGAAACGACGACAGAGUUGGGAACGAAGCCGAUAGGGGAGUUGGAGGAUGUGUCGAGCUACGGCGACGUGACAACGGAGCGACUCACGCCGAUGGAGGAGGCGGGCUCGGGCGCCGCGGUGGCUAUCGCCGUCAGCACCAUCGGAGUUAUAGCCUUGAUACUGCUUAUUGGAUUAUUGCUGGUGGUACGCCGUCGCGGCCGGCGGGGGGUGUACGCGCAGCGUUGCACCCCGGUGUCUUUGGACGCUUAUAGCCUGGACAGCGUCAGCGUCGGACAUCGCAAGGCCAACCAGAGGCUACGGGCUAGCAAGAGGAGCUAUGGGAAUCCGGCGUAUGAUGAUGAGGUGACAUCCCACCCUAUGAACUACGCGGCGCUGGCCAACUUCGCCCUGGACAUGGAAUCCAUGAGCACCGAAUUCGCGGAGAUUCCCUCCGUCACCGUCCGACCUGAUGAAGUUCCUCCAGGGUGCGAAGACAAGAACAGAUACUCCAAUGUUCUGCCGCUGCCAGAGACCAGGGUGCCGCUCAAGAGGGUCGGGAAUGAUCCCACGUCGGAGUAUAUUAAUGCUAAUUAUAUAACGGGCCCGGGCAACAUCAAGAACUACUACAUCGCGUGCCAGGCGCCGCUCCCUAACACCGUGGCGGACUUCUGGCGCAUGGUGUGGGAGCAGAACUCGCGCGUCAUCGUCAUGCUGACGGAAUACAUGGAGAACGGCGUUGAAAAAUGCUAUGAAUACCUUCCCCCAUCAGAAGUGUCAGACAACAAGCGGACCUUCGGCGAGUUCCAAAUCAUCCUCAAGAAACGCGAACAGCGCGACAAAUACGCCGUCUCCAGCGUCCAGCUCAUCAACCUGACGACCAGGACGUGGAGGGAGGUCACACACCUCUGGUACUUCUGGCCGGCGAAGGGAGUCCCUGAUGAUUAUGACUCGGUGCUGGAUUUCCUGUCGGAAAUGAGGAGUUACAUGAAAGUAUCCCAGUCAGCCAAAGAAUAUGAUGAAGAAGGUGUAGAAGUAAUUUACGGCGACGGCAGCCGUUCCUCCUACGGAAACCUGUCCAAGCUGCGAGAAGAGGGCAGCCCAGGCAACGGCGUGAACGUAUACUCGCCGGCCAAGGCCGAGGAGAUGAUGCGACGAGGCCAAGCUACCAACGGCACCCUCAGCAGGAUGAAGGCUGCGUCUGAAGUGGAAGGAGUGCGACCAUGUACGGUGGUAUGCGCAAGCGGCGCGGGGCGUUCGUGCGCGCUGAUCGCGUUGGACAUCUGCGCGCGCGCGCUCACGGCGCACGCGGCCGACGUGCCGCGCGUCGUGCGCGAGCUGCGCGCGCAGCGCCCGCACUCGCUCUCCAACCGACACCACUAUAUCUUCCUGUAUAAGGUGCUAAGCGAGUACGGCAAUAAGCUGAACGGCGGGGGUGUCGACACCAUAUAAGCCCGCCACUGCUGAUUUCUCUCCAUGACAUUCAAUACUAAUUAGAUAAGUAACGACUUAUGCCAAUAACCUACUACAGUAGGUACCCGAGAAUAUCAACAAGAUAAUUUAAAAAAAAUGCUGACGCCAAUGACGCCAGGUCAUAUAGUUUUUAAUAGUUGUUGAACAUAUUAGUAAUUAGUUGUCGGUAUAGUACAUAUAGAAACUAACCUAACUUAACCCCAGGACCACCGAAUCACCGAACGCAUCACGCUCCGAGCUAGCACGCUCGCUUGGAGCUUGGGUUCCGUAGCCGAGGCGCAAAAAGCAUUUCUAUGCUUUUUUUAUGUCAUAGGUAUUUUAAUAUUUGUAUCCAAUGUUAACUAAAUAAAUAUUAUUUUGCAUAAGUACAGGUUAGGUUAUUGGCAUAAAUCAAAAGUGAGAAAACUAUUGGGAAUAUACCAAAGUGUAAGUUACUAGAUCUCUAUAAAAUUUGAUCGCUCAAAUAUACUGAUGUUUACCUUUUCAUGUUUAUGUACCAGAAUUUAAGACCAUUCUAUAGGUAUGAUUAUUAUAUUUUUGUUAAACUUUUUAUUUACAUUGCUAGGAUGUAAAUAGAUCUUCAUGAUGAUAAGCGUCAAUAAUAUGUGACCGGGUAAACUGGAUUAAAACUAAAUUAUUAAUAAGCAGUUAUUUAAUGUUGGGAUUUAUUAUUUUGACGCUAUGAGCCUAAUAUGAUGUGUAGUAGACUACAAUUACUAUUACCUAAGUAAAUGGAUUUUCGGUGAUGUUGGUGAAAAUGAACUGACAUUUGCACCGAAGUGCGUUGGGGUAAGAUGGGGUUUUCCGUGAGGGGUGAGAUGAAAAGUCGCCCGUAAUGCUUCGGCAUAUGGACGAUUUUAUCCUACCACUCGUGAUGACCCUUUCAAUCUUACCCCAACCCACCUUAAUAAUUAUUAAUAAUAGGUAUACUAUUGGAUACUUAUUACUUACGCCUAUUAUGAGCUGAUCAUAUCGACCUACAUUUAUGUUAUAAUUAUUCGAACAAUUUAUUUUUACUUACUUAGAAGUUCUUUCCACUAGUCUAAUUUAUUUUUAAGUUACAUAUUUGCCAAAAAUGUCAAUAAUAAUCAAUUUAUUUUCGAAACGCAUAAUAAAUCACAAUAAUGAUGAACGUCAUAAUAAUUUUGAAUGUGUAGUGAUUAUUGAAAUCUGCUGUGAUUUCUGUUAAUAUCUAAGAUAACUUUUGCUUUGUUAAAAAAUCUAGCUUUACAGUAUUCCUGUAAUAAAAUAUACCUAUCUAUUUUGUAAGUUAGAAGCGCCUUGUUUUGAAGUAUUUGUUGUAAGUAAGUAUGUCCUGUGACGCAAUUUUAAUACUCUAAGAUAAUACCUUGACAUCCAUGAAAAUAAUUGGAGUAAUUUAAAAAAUAUACGUACCUUGGUGUAUGAAGUAUCUCAGUGCGGUUAUCUUUUGUGUAUAGUUUUCCUCUACUUCUUUGAUUUUAUGCGUAAUUGUUAAAAUUUGUUGUUAAUUUGAUAUUUUUAAGUUUGUUAUAAAUCGCAGCUGAAUAAAAUAUCCAUGAGAUUUAUUUAUGGUAUCAAGGCAUUUUUUUUUUUUUAAUACCACAUCGGUGGCAAACAAGCAUUAAUAUUAAAAAAAAAAAAAAAUAAUAAAUCAUUGUCCCGAUAGUCGUUUCAGUGAACGGUUUAAUAGCGAAGAGUCUCGACCAACAUCUCGAGAGACUCUCGCUAGGUGGUUGGAUCAAGGGACAGAUGCAGAAGGCGGUGAUCUUGGACACGGCGCGGAUAGUACGUCGGUUCCUCUCUCUGCAGCCCUGACCACCGGUAGCUUGGGCCUUGCCCCGCUGCUGGCGGCACCCUAGGUUAGGUUUUUUAUAAUGUGUUUAUAUGUAUUUUUAUUGUUUUGUAAGUGUUUUUAUAUUUUACUUUUAUAUACAUAUUAUAAAAACCUAGCCUAAGAAAAAU